CCCCCCCCCCCCCCCCCCCCCUUCCAGCUUCAGUCUUUUUCAAAUGUUUCUCCCUUCCCGCCGGAAUAAUGCUGUCAGUGGAUAUACAUUUGACGUUUUCGGAUAACGAGAUGCGUCUAAUGGAUCGAGUGAAGAAAAUCAAGAGGCCGACGUUUUAACGCGGUAGAAAUAAUUAGGCGGCGCCGCCGCGAAAGUCGGCUUGUCCGCGUCUGUGGUCCACCGGGCCGGUUCACUGCGCAGGUUUGGACCGCGCGCCAUUUUGUGAAAAUUGACACAAAAUUCCAAAGCGGAAUUACCGGAGGACGCGGUGUCCGUUUGGGCUUUCAAACACGCCGAAUCCACCGUCGCCGUCGCGCCGCUCGAGGAGGUCGACGCGAAUUUGACAAAAGACUGCGUAAAAAUCGCUUUGACGUAGCAUUUAUUUAGCGGCGGGGGCUAACGAUUGUUAGCUCGAGGCUAGCCCGGGACAGGUCGCUAACGUUAGCCGCGUUCAUUUUGUCAACUAGCACUAGCCCGAUUCGCUAAAGCUUAGCCACUAACUUAUGCGUGCUAGUCAACGCUAGCAUGUUGCUAGUCAUCAGCUGAUGGUAACGUUCCUCCCGAUCGUCGAUCCCCCGUCCAAAAUGGAGUGUUUAUUAGAGCUGCCUGGCAAAUAAUUGUCAUAUUUGCCCGUCGGAAGACGGACGCCGGAUUGGAUUUAACGUGAUCAUUCCUCGCUAACCGUGCAAAGGGAGGGGAGAAUCUCAAGCUGGAUAAGUUUCCUCAUCAUACAGGUUAUUGGACUUUAAAUGAAGAUCGUGCCAUCAGAGUUGGUUGUCUGCUGGACUCUCCUGCCAGGAUGAUAUGACAUUUUUGCACAAGAUGCAUCCAGGAGGAGAGACUUCAGCAUGCAAACCUUCGUCUGUCCGGCUUGCGCCCUCUUUUUCUUUACACACUGCUGGUCUUCAGAUGGCUGCUCCAAUGCCCCAUACGCACCAGCAGUACAGUGAGCGCCACCAGCCAAGCACUGACCAAUCUGUUACGGUCUUACCGUACAGCGACCAGACGACACAGCUCACUGCCAAUCAGAGGCACAUGCCCCAGUGCUUUCGUGACCCAACUUCAGCUCCCCUGAGGAAGCUCUCCAUUGACCUUAUCAAAACAUACAAACACAUCAAUGAGGUGUAUUAUGCAAAAAAGAAGCGGCGGCACCAACAGGGUCAGGGCGAAGACUCCAGUCACAAAAAAGAAAGGAAGGUCUUCAAUGAUGGCUAUGACGAUGAUAACUAUGACUACAUCGUCAAGAAUGGGGAGAAGUGGAUGGACCGAUAUGAGAUUGAUUCCUUGAUAGGAAAAGGAUCAUUUGGACAGGUUGUGAAAGCGUACGACCGAGCGGAGCAGGAAUGGGUUGCAAUUAAGAUCAUCAAGAACAAGAAAGCUUUCCUCAAUCAAGCCCAGAUUGAAGUGCGCCUCCUAGAGCUUAUGAAUAAACAUGACACCGAGAUGAAAUACUACAUUGUUCACCUGAAGCGGCACUUCAUGUUUCGGAACCACCUCUGCCUCGUGUUUGAGAUGCUUUCAUAUAACCUGUACGACCUGCUCCGAAAUACCAACUUCCGCGGCGUCUCGCUCAACCUCACCCGGAAGUUCGCUCAGCAGCUAUGCACGGCGCUGCUGUUCCUGGCCACGCCCGAGCUCAGCAUCAUCCACUGUGACCUGAAGCCCGAGAACAUCCUGCUCUGCAACCCGAAGAGGAGUGCCAUCAAAAUAGUGGACUUUGGCAGCUCGUGCCAGCUGGGACAACGGAUAUACCAGUAUAUCCAAAGUCGCUUCUACCGCUCCCCAGAGGUGCUUCUGGGAAUGCCCUACGACCUGGCCAUCGACAUGUGGUCCUUGGGUUGCAUCUUGGUGGAGAUGCAUACAGGAGAGCCUCUCUUCAGUGGAGCCAAUGAGGUGGACCAGAUGAACAAAAUAGUGGAGGUUCUCGGCAUCCCACCUAAUCACAUAAUGGACCUAGCCCCAAAAGCCAGGAAGUUCUUUGAGAAGCUUUCAGAUGGUACAUGGAGUGUUAAAAAGACCAAAGAUGGCAAAAGGUAUAAACCUCCAGCUUCGCGGAAGCUCCACUCCAUCCUGGGCGUGGAGACCGGGGGUCCGGGUGGGCGGCGGGCAGGCGAGUCUGGCCACGCUGUCGCCGACUACUUGAAGUUCAAGGACCUGAUCCUGCGGAUGCUGGACUAUGACCCCAAGAGCCGCAUCCAGCCCUACUAUGCCCUGCAGCACAGCUUCUUCAAGAAGACGGCGGAUGAGGGGACCAAUACGAGCAGCAGCGUGUCGACCAGCCCCGCCUUGGAGCAGUCCCAGUCUUCGGGGACCACCUCCAGCACCUCCUCCAGUUCAGGAGGCUCCUCUGGAACAAGCACCAGUGGCAGAGCGAGAUCAGACCCCACCCAUCACCACUUACACAGUGGAGGACAUUUUGGCACUGCCAUGCCAGCCAUUGAUGGAGACAGCCUCUGCCCACAGGCUCGACAGCCUUACCCGCCUCCGCUGGUGUGGGGAGGCGGCGUCGUACCGGAGUCAGUCACCGGCGAGACCCACCCAGUCCAGGAGACCACCUUCCACGUCCCCCCCCAGCACCCGAAGGCCCUGCAUCCCCACUCGCACGCUCAUCACCACCACCACGGGCCCAUGAUGGCCACGCGGCCGCGCCCGCGCCACUACACCUCCCCGACGCACAGCUCGUCGACCCAGGACUCCAUGGAGGUGGUCCACGGCCAUCUGUCCAUGACCUCCCUGUCUUCCUCUGCCUCCUCUUCCUCGACAUCUUCCUCUUCCACCGGGAACCACGGCAACCAGGCCUACCAGCUCCGCCAUUUGCCCGCCGGAGCGCUCGACUUUGGUCAGAACGGCGGGCUGAGCAUGGGGCUAGGUGCCUUCUCGAACCCACGGCAGGAGACCGGCAUGGCUGCGCACCCUGCUUUCUCCAUGGGCACGAACACGGGGCCUGGCCACUACCUAGCCGAGGGCCACCUGAGCAUGAGGCAGGGCAUGGACCGGGAGGAGUCUCCAAUGACUGGAGUGUGUGUGCAGCAGAGUUCCAUGGCCAGCUCGUGACUGCGCUGACAUUUUUGGCUGUGUGUUCCCCCCUGUGCGUCAUUUUUAAGGUGGUGUUUUUUACUACAAGGUGUGUUGAGAAUCAAAGCUGCUCACGUCAGAAGGGAGAUAUCACUGAACCGCUACUACAGAGAAAAAAAACAAACGACAAACCCUUUGUUAAGAAGAAGAAGAAGUAUAUAUGUAAUUGUCAGCCGAUCUUUCUUUUGCGACCAUUAGGCACAAAGUAAUACUGCGGGAUAACCAUAGUGAGAUUGAGACAUCCAUUUGACCAUUUCACCACCGUACGGUAUUUUGUGGCAAGGAGGAGCAUUUCACGCAAAGUUUAGGCCGCCAAAUGCUUGCCUGACAUUACUGUUCCACUGGUUUGUCAUUAUUUGGCCCCGCACCCCACCCCCCCUCAAGCAAAAUGUCACACAAAGAAGCUGCUUGUAAAUCCUGUAGCUUGACGAGGAGGGCGAGUGUUUUUUGCGGUGAUACUUCUUGUCGGUGGCUAAGUCGGUGUUGUGUAACUCGACAUGACAGCGGAGUUCCCUAUAAGCGUGUGCUGGCCAGGCGCGGGCGGAUACGGGCGGAUCCAGAUGCCGAGCGGGUCGGCAAUGGGGGAGGCGCCCGCUCCUCGCGCCAAGACGCCCCGAGCUCCCACCCCCUCGAAAAGCGACGUCACGAGCGCAGCGGAAGGAAUACAGUCGGUGGCUGGUUCGAGAUAAACCCUUGGCCUUAUGACUCAUGGACUUGGACUGGGGAUGGAGCUGGACAUUAUCAUUUUGAAUUAAGAUGGCUUUUCUCUAUUUUUCUCUCUAGACAGCCCUUAAUUCUUGAAAACAUUUUAGAAGAAAAAAAAGGUAAAUAAGAAUGGUAAUUUGAGGCCUUUAUCGACAAAGAUUUCUUCUUCAGCAGGGCCCCACAUAACAGGGUCUUAUUGUACACAACAACCUCCUAAACAUGACUUCCUUAAAAAAAAUCUUAGUCACCGGUUAAGGCUUUUUUCAGUGGAAAGAACUUAUCCCAGAGUCGCCCUUUUUUUUUUGUUUUUGUUUUUUGUUUUUUUUGUUUUUGCAUGUAGUUCCUCAUCAGAACCACCUGCACAAGUCUCUCCAUCCCCCCCCAAAAAAACAUGGAAA